AUGGGUGCCAACAUGGAAGUGCAGCGCGCCUUGGUGGAUACUGCAAGCUUGGCUCUCAAUGGCGAAGUGGACAGUGUUGAGUUCGUUAAGAUGGCCAAGAUUGCCUUUGUGGAUGCACAAGCCAAGAAAGCUCAAGAUGAGAGCUGUCAGAGAGUUGUCAACCAGGCCGACAUGAGAAAUCCUAAAGCCCAAGCUAAGGUGAUCAAGAAAUUCAACAAGAGCCGGGAGUCUAAGACACACUAUCACCUUAAGAAAGACAAAUAUGCGAAAAAGCCUCUGGCCGAGUUGUUUCGAAAGCCAUCUACGACCUCUGGCAAGGGUGACAAAAUGAAGUGUGAUCCCGUUUUGGACGAAAGCGACGACUCAGAAGCCGACGACACCAAACCCACCAACCCGAAACGUCGUGUGAAGGCUGACAGAACUGCUGCCUUCAGCCGACCUCGCCGUGGCAUGCAUAACAAGUGA